CCUGCAUGAACUGCGAAUCUCACUUGAAUAUUUUGUUUCGUGUUCGAUAUUAUAAUCUGAAAAACAGUUUCUUGAGAUUUUAGUUUUCUUCAAUAUGUUGAAACUAUUGUUAAAUUAGUGAUUAAUAAAUUGCGGAACCAGAAAUACGUGAAGCGAAAAGACCCAUGAUAAUAUUCCCCGAAAAGUGUUUAUUCUGAUUUCGGUCAGGAUUCACUAUAUCCCUUUCCCAUUCUCAAUCCACAUAUAAAGUUUCACAUGUUUUGCCCUUUAUGCUCCUGCAUACAAAAUGUUUUGUUUAUAUUUUUAUAAAUGCACACAAGAGUGAAUAUAUUCAUUUAAUCUAGUUACAAUAAAGUGUUUGCUUGACCAAUGUGGCCAUUUAUUCUUAAACCAUAUUAAACAAAUAAAUAUUUUAUUUCUCAACAACUCGGUUAAGUGUUGUCAAUGUGCAAACAAGUUGACGUUUUCAUUGAGUUGGUUUCGAAGUAGUUUCGAAAAUUUGCAUUAUAUUUACAAUCGACAUGAUGAAGAGCGGAGCGUGCACAACUAAAAAGGAAAGCAAAAUGCGAAUUCGUCCUUUUGCCACUACUAUGGAUGAAAAGUAUGUGGAAAAUAUCUGGGCAUUAUUGAAAAAUGCAAUUCAAGAAAUACAGAAGAAGAACAACUCUGGACUCAGUUUUGAAGAACUUUAUCGUAAUGCUUAUACAAUGGUUCUUCAUAAAUAUGGCGAACGACUUUACACUGGUUUGAAGGAAGUCGUAACACAACAUUUGGAGAAUAAAGUACGAGAAGAUGUUCUUAAAUCGCUUCACAACAAUUUUCUGCAGACAUUAAAUCAAGCUUGGAAUGAUCAUCAAACAUCCAUGGUUAUGAUUCGAGACAUUUUAAUGUAUAUGGAUCGCGUUUAUGUACAACAAAAUAGUGUUGACAAUGUUUACAAUUUAGGUCUCAUUAUAUUUCGUGACCAGGUUGUACGAUAUGGAUGUGUCAGAGACCAUUUGCGAGAGACCUUACUGGAUAUGGUGGCUCGAGAACGUAGAGGAGAAGUCGUUGAUCGUAUAGCAAUAAAAAAUGCUUGUCAAAUGUUAAUGGUCCUUGGCAUCAAUAAUCGUGUAGUCUACGAAGAAGAUUUUGAAAGACCCUUUUUGCAGCAAAGCAUAGAUUUUUAUCGAAUGGAAUCGCAAAAGUUCUUAGCUGAGAAUAGUGCAUCAGUGUAUAUAAAGAAAGUCGAAGCGAGAAUAAGUGAGGAAUCAGACAGAGCUAAACAUUAUUUAGACGAAUCAACUGAGCCUCGAAUAGUUGAAGUUGUGGAGGACGAACUCAUUAAAAUUCACAUGAAAACAAUCGUAGAGAUGGAAAAUAGUGGUGUAAUUCACAUGCUACAAAAUCAAAAGAUUGAGGAUCUCAACAGUAUGUAUAAACUAUUUUCUCGAGUUACCGAUGGAUUGCGGACAGUUUGCGAUUGUGUUUCUCAAUUUCUUCGAGAACGCGGUCGAACUUUGGUCCAAGAAGAUCAAGAGUCGUCGACCAAUGCGGUUUCGUUUGUGCAAAAUUUGCUCACUCUAAAGGAUGGAUUCGAACAUUUCCUCCACUAUUCUUUCAACAACGACAAGCUCUUUAAACACAUGAUUGCGGCCGAUUUUGAACACUUUUUAAAUUUAAAUCCUAAAAGUCCAGAAUAUCUUUCGCUUUUCAUUGAUGAUAAAUUAAAGAAAGGCGUCAAAGGCAUGACAGAACAAGAAAUUGAAGGUAUUCUCGACAAAACAAUGGUUUUGUUUAGAUUCUUGCAAGAGAAAGAUGUAUUUGAAAGAUAUUAUAAACAACAUCUAGCCAAGAGACUUUUACUCAACAAAUCUGUGUCCGAUGACAGUGAAAAGAAUAUGAUAUCUAAACUGAAGACUGAAUGCGGAUGUCAGUUCACAUCCAAAUUGGAAGGCAUGUUCAAAGAUAUUACACUGAGUAACACUAUUAUGGAUGAAUUCAAGGAGCACGUCAAUACAUCUGGAACAAAUUUACAUGGUGUAGAUUUAAGUGUCCGCGUUUUAACUACUGGCUUUUGGCCAACACAUUCGGCUACUCCAAAAUGUAGCAUUCCUCAAGCGCCAAGAGAUGCCUUUGACGCUUUUCGUCGUUUUUAUCUAGCUAAACAUAGUGGGCGUCAGUUAACUUUACAACCUCAACUAGGUUCUGCUGAUCUAAAUGCCAUUUUUUACGGACAACAAAGAGAAGAAACGGGUGGAGUUGAUGCACCCACAUCGUCUUCUUCUGUGAAUAGUGGAAGCAAUACGAAUAAUCUAUUGAGUCCGAAACCUAGUGGAAAUGGAGGAUUAAGAAAGCAUAUUAUUCAAGUUUCAACUUAUCAAAUGUGUGUUCUGAUGCUUUUCAAUAACAGAGAAAAGCUAACUUACGAGGAAAUUCAAAGUGAAACUGAUAUUCCGGAAAGAGAUCUCGUACGAGCGCUCCAGUCUCUCGCAAUGGGAAAAGCAACUCAACGGGUUUUGUUAAAAUAUCCACGAACCAAGGAUAUUGAACCAACUCAUCAAUUUGUUGUCAAUGAUAGUUUUACAAGUAAAUUACACAGAGUAAAAAUCCAGACAGUAGCGGCUAAAGGAGAAUGUGAACCAGAACGCAAGGAAACGAGAAAUAAAGUUGACGAGGACAGAAAGCACGAAAUAGAAGCUGCCAUCGUGAGAAUUAUGAAAGCGAGGAAACGUAUGGCGCACAACAUUUUGGUAACCGAAGUAACACAACAGUUACGAUCCCGAUUUUUACCGUCACCGGUCAUUAUAAAGAAACGUAUCGAAGGUCUGAUUGAACGAGAAUACCUUGCUCGAACGCAAGAAGACAGAAAAAUUUACACGUACGUCGCUUAAUCGCUUUAAUCAACGGAUUCUUACAAACGUGUAAGUGUUCUAAAAACAAUGCGCCCCACAUUUUUUGGUAUUUGCAUUUCCAAUUAUAGAACUUUAUUGAUCUCUGGUGAUUGUUCACUUUCACUCAAAGGAUUUAAGGAUACUCAUGUAACUAUAUUAUUCCCAAGAAAAGAAAAGAGUAGAUUAUUGCAAAAAUUAAUAUUUGCAUUUGUUUUCUCUUUUUAAAAGAUUGAUUUUUUGAUUUACUUCUGGACUCAUAAUUAUUUUCAAUAAUCUAGACUUAAAAUUCAAAUCGACUUGAAAUCAUAUCGUUUUUUACAAUAUUAUUAAUAUUAGGAACAAUUAUUCUCGUCCUUUUUUAUAAUAUUUGAAUUCAAAAUUUCAUCAUUCUUUUACAGUAUUAUUUAACUGAAAUCAGAUUUGUCUAUUAUGGCUUUUAGCUUAGCUCAAUUUUUUAAACAACUCUGUUGAAGCUUGCAAUUUUCAAUUCACUAUUGAAAAGAAGUAAAACAUUAUGUUCUUUCAGAAACUACCAAGUUUGGACUGAAAUAACCCUGAUUUACAUCGUACGUAAUUUUAAUUUAAAAAUUGUUGUCAAAAAAAAAAUUAUUUAUAAAAUUCAAUUCAAAAUAUGUCACCAGUAAUACACUUUGUAUGCAUCGUCUUUUAAAAUUUUCUUCUUGUUCGCUUUUUUUAUUUUUACUACUAUGAAUUUUAAAUUGCAAAAAAAAGUAUAUAAAAUAAUUCUGGAUGUUCAUAAUCCAUAACUCGAAGAAAAUUGAGCUAAAGAUGGAUGUUGUAAGAUAAACGAAGAGUAUUAGAAAAUAAAUUAAUUGAUAAAAAAUAUAUAAAACGUCAGCAGCAUCAAAUCUGUUUCUUCGAUCAUAAAAUCAAUAGUCAGUUAUUGAUAGCCAGUUGGAAAAUUUUCAUUUUUUUCGUAUAUCAUAAUUUAUUAUAUAUUAUAUAGUUUAUUCGAAACAGUGUGGUGUAAAAUGAAACAUGUCAAAUUUAUACGUGUUGACUUACAGACUAUCAAGAACUAUUUAAAUCUCGAAAUGCAUCGGUAAAUAUGUUAUUUAUUGAUAUAUUACGACUGCCAAAUAAGAAAAAUUAAUAUUAAAAUUGAUAUAUUGUGUAGUGUUCGCGAGUAAGGUGUAUAAAUAUAGAAAGGUUUACCUAUUAUAGCCAAUUAUUUGAAAAUUCAAUAGAAAUAGAUUUAAGUUACAUUUUUGAAACUAUAUAUAUAUAGUUUGAAAUAAUAAACUUAUCAUAAUAAAAAAAAA